AUGCCUCAUGCUGUGGCAAAGCUGCCACCGGAAGAGGCGUGGUCGUGCUCGAAUGUGCUCGGGAUCGACCAGCUCUCUAGCGUUGAGAGCCGGUGUCUGUUCUGCGAGAUCGCUAAGAACGGCCGUUUCACGGGUGGCAUAUUUGUCGACGCCGUGGCCCUUGGCAGACACCUGGUGGACAAUCAUUCUUUUGGCGGCUGUCACUUAGACCAGACAUACGGAUCCGCGGCCGACUUCGCGGCCCAUGUAUUCCAGCACCAGUGCGGCCAGGCGCCAACGCUUGGAGAACCGUGGGCGCUGAGGACCGUGCGCAAGAAGCUUCAGAUAUUUGCUCGCGGCGUCCGCGACCUCCAGAAAGCCUGCAGCCAGACCUGA